AUACUUGAAACAAUUAUUAAAAAGGAAAUAAUAGUGAAAACAAUAUAAGAAAAGACAUUUAUCCGGGUUGAUAUUUUGAGUAGCUCUAUCCACAAGAAGCUUUACUUGGUCAUCAUUCACCUUGUGUGACCUCAACACUGAAGCUACAGUAAUGGCGAUUAGUAAUGAUUUUGGAGCUUUCAUAGAGAAAUCUACAAUCUCUCCAACGCCAUCUUCUUCGUUUCCUUCUCUAAAGGGUCUUACCUUUGCCAUCAAAGACAUCUUUGAUGUGGAAGGACGUGUAACCGGUUUUGGAAACCCGGAUUGGUUAAGGACACAUUCAGCAGCUACUUCCACAGCUCCUGUAGUUUCAUCUCUCUUGGAAGCUGGUGCCACUUCUUUGGGUAUUACCAUUAUGGAUGAAAUGGCAUACAGUAUAAACGGUGAAAAUGCACACUAUGGGACUCCGGUAAACCCAGUUGCUUCUGAGAGAGUCCCUGGAGGAUCGUCAAGUGGCUCAGCUGUAGCUGUAGCUGCCGGUCUUGUUGACUUUUCAAUUGGAACUGAUACUGGAGGGAGUGUACGAGUCCCUGCGUCUUACUGUGGCAUUUUUGGUCUUAGGCCAUCACAUGGAGUUGUUUCAACUGUUGGAGUUACUCCAAUGGCUCAGAGCUUCGACACAGUUGGCUGGUUUGCUAGGGACCCAGCUACUUUAAAACGCGUAGGCUGCGUUCUCUUGCAGCAGCCUCACUUGGAGGCUACAGAACCAAGUCAACUGAUUAUUGCAGAUGACUGCUUCAAGCUGUGUAGUGUACCACGUGAACUGUUGGUGCUGCCUCUAGUUCAAUCAGUGGACAAAUCAUUCGGAGGCAACACCGUAAUAAACAAGGUGGAUCUUGGAGCGUACAUAGAAGAGCAUGUUCCGAGCCUUAAGCAUUUCAUGACAAGUGAGACACAACGAGAGUUUUGUAUUCCUUCUCUCAUGGCUCUGUCGAGUUCAAUGAGAAUGUUACAGAGGUUCGAGUUCAAGAUGAACCACGGUGAAUGGGUAUCCUUGGUGAAGCCAGAGUUUGGUCCAGGAAUAUCAGAACGGAUUGAGGAAGCUAUCAGGGUGUCUGACGAGAAGAUUGACCUUUGCCGGUUGGUUAAAACCGAACUUUUAACAGCUCUUUCAACUUUGAUUGGGGAUAAUGGUGUAUUGGUUAUUCCCACGGUGCCAGGACCUCCACCACAUCUCCAAGCUGAUGUGGUUGCACUAGAAUCUUUCCGGAGCAGAGCCUUCAGCUUAUUGUCCAUCGCCGGAGUCUCUGGAUUAUGUCAGGUGAGCAUACCAUUGGGGCUGCACGAAAAUCUUCCCAUAUCAGUAUCCUUGGUAGCUAAGCAUGGCUCUGACGGUUUUCUUCUCAGUCUUGUGGAUUCCCUUUCGGAAUUCAUGUGAUAUUCAUAGACAAUUAAUGCAUGAUUGAGCAUAUAUUAUUUGGUCUAUGUCUGGUCACACCUCAUCUUCCCACACUCACCGCUUGCAUCUCUGGUCUACUCGAGAUCUCUAUCCCGUUGCAUCUCUAGUCUACUCACGUUUGCACCUAAACCAAAAAGUGCUCGUGUAAGUGGGUGUCAAACUGAGGGUUCGAGUCAUGUAUGUGAGGUGUGACCAAUAUAUUGAUUUUUUACUAAAAACGACUUUGUUUUGGGCAAUAAUCAUACAUAGUUGCCAUUUCACAUGUCCAGCCAGCUGAAUUAAGGAUUCAAUA